AGAAAUGUCUACGUCGGAAUCUGAAGGACAAGUGAUCGGUUGCCACACUGAUGCUACCUGGACCGACCAGCUUCAGAAGGCAAUCGACAAUAAGAAGUUGGUAGUUGUGGAUUUCACUGCUUCCUGGUGCGGACCGUGCCGCUUCAUAGCUCCUUUCUUCGCGGAGUUGGCUAAAAAGUUUCCUCAAGUGAUGUUCCUCAAGGUGGAUAUUGAUGAGUUGAAGUCGGUUGCUAGUGACUGGGCAGUGGAGGCGAUGCCGACCUUCAUCUUCCUCAAAGAAGGGAAGAUCUUGGACACCAUUGUAGGAGCAAAGAAAGAAGAGCUGCAGCAGACUAUUGCUAAGCACCUCAAUGCUACUACUGCCUAGAAAUAUGCUAGUACUAAUCAGUUAUUUUUAUUUCUCUUGCAUACUAAUGUUGAUAUUUUAUUCAAUAAAUGCAUAUGCUUUUUAUUCAA